UCUUUAUCUCUUCUCUGCUAUCUCAAUUGUAAAUUCAAUACAUCUUCACUUCACUCACAAUGGCCUCCAAUUCCAAUCAACUUCACAAAAAUCUCCAUGAAACCCAGUGGCUUCUUCAAAUCACUCAACUUAUUGAACCAAAUAACCUUCAAACAGCCUUACAAACUCCCACUUCCAUCUUUAAGCUGCCCCAUACCAUCACCAACAACAAUCCACAUCUAUACUUCCCUCACUGCAUUGCUUUUGGUCCUUACCACCAUUUCAGAAAUGACCUCUACCACAUUGAAUUACACAAGCUCCACAACGCAAUCAACGCAAUAGACUCAUUCCAACUUCCUCAACUCAACCAAAUUGUUCACCAACUCGAGCAAUUAGACAUCAAAAUCCGAUCUUGUUUUGAUAGCUUUCUUGAAAUUGGACCUGAGGCCUUGGCCUGGAUUAUGCUCCUAGAUGGGUUGUUCUUAAUUCACCUGCUACCAAUUUCCAACAAUGAAAAAGAUGAGCUCAGAAGAUUGCGUCCUGAUCUAGUUCUUCCUUCUCCAUUUCCUUCCUUUGUUGAUCAAAAGUUGUAUUCUUGUCUAAUUGAGGGAAAUUUGAUGACCCAAGAUGAGAUUAUCAAAGAUAUCCUUAUGCUUGAGAAUCAAAUUCCACUUCUUGUUCUCAAAAACAUUUUACCAGACAAUUAUGGCAACAAAUUGGAUCUUUUGUUCUUCAAAUUUUGUGAUGUUGUGUCUCUCAAGCGACUCCCUCCUCAUGACAUCCCUGAAUUCAUGGUUUACAGGGGAUAUACUGAUUUAUCCCAAAUUCUUGAACAAUCUCAUCAUUUGCUUCACUUUUUGUAUCUUUUGAUUAUGGAUACAAGUUCUAGCCCUGAACGUCCAGUUGGAAUGGCAUUAUGUUCUGCUUCUUUGGGUGUUGAACUGUUAAAUGUUUUGGCCUCUGUUCUUCAAAUUGCCUUCUUACAGCAGCUGAGUGAAGCCGUGGGUUUGAUUCAAACCUUGUUUGGUUUGCUUGGGAGAGCUGGGUCAUCAUCUUCUUCAACAGACCAGGACAUGAACAGCCCGCCAUUAAUCCCGUCCGCCAUGGAACUUCGAAAGGUUGGAGUGCAGUUACAAGGCAACUGCCUAGACUUUUAUGACAGCAUCAGGUUCAAACAAGAACCCAGAAAAGUUUGUUUAGAGUUGCCAACGAUCACCAUUAACGACUUCGCCGAAGUAGUUUUCAGAAAUUUGGUUGCAUUUGAAGCAGCAACUAAUCUAAACCCGCCAUGGUUUGGAUAUUAUGUAGCAUUGAUGAGCGGGUUGAUAACCACAGCCAAUGAUGUCAAGAUAUUGAAGCAAGAAAGAAUUAUUGAGAGCCAUUCAGGCAGUGAAGAAGAGGUAGUGAAACUGUUUAGUGGGCUAAGAAAUGUGUUGGAGCUUCAUCAGCAGAGAUAUAAGUCUUGUAGAAUCAUGAACAUGGCUGAGCUUCAAAUCGUUAAAGACAUCAAUUACUAUUAUGAAAGUUGCUGGAAGGUGAAAGCCAAAAGAUUGGUCAAGAGAUAUGUUAAUCCAGUAGUGAAGAUCCUAUUUGUUAUUGUUGUGAUUUUGCUCAUUGUUGUUGUUGUUGUAGGCACGUUUUGUGGUUGGUUUGGUUGCUCUAGAAUUUUGCAUGUGGUUUCUGGUCUGUCAACAUCUUGAACAGCUCAAAAUGCAUACAACAGAAGCUUUUAUCUUACGAUGCAAUGAAGACCACACUUUAGGUUGUA